AUUAAAACUUUCAACAUUCUUAAUUUCAUUAUCAAAUGGAUCAAAUGUAGAAGUUUAGCAAAUUGAAUGUUUAUUAUUUUUGCUUCAUAGUGCCCAUCAGUCAGAACCUGUGAAAUCAAGAGUAUUAUGCUCUUCAAAUGGAUUUUGCCAAAUUCAAGAUAAUCACAAUUAAAACAAGAUGACUACUCAAGCAAUUGGAAUACUUUCACUUGAGUUAAGGGAUGAUCUACCUCUAAAUGAAUACCACUGCAGGAAAGAUGCACUUACUGACUUUUUUGGUUGGAUGUUGCAAGUACUUUUGGCAUGUUUAGCAUUUACUUGUUUAGUCGCAAAAAGAUUUUGUGAACCUCCUCACAGAAGGAGAUCAUGGUUAAUAUGGUUUUAUGAUACUUCUAAACAAGGCAUGGGUGCAAUGGCUAUUCAUUUGAGUAAUGUCUGGUUAGCUGGUCAAUAUCAAGGCGAUCCCUGUACCUGGUAUUUCAUUAAUUUUCUCCUAGAUUCUUCUUUAGGAUUGUUGAUCAUUUUUAUUGGUAUACGAACUGCACAGAUUCUAUCUAGGAAAAAAGGUUGGGAGUCCAUUAAUUUUGGUGAAUAUGGUAAGCCUCCAUCUACUUAUUACUGGUUUGUGCAAUGUUGUUUAUAUGUUGGACUGAUGAUGGUAGUAAAAGUCUUGAUAACUCUCUUUAUGCAAUUGGAUUUUUGGGAAAACGUCAAGGACUUUAUGUUAUAUCCAAUAAAUAAUCAGAACUUGGAAGUGACCCUGGUUAUGCUUGUUAUUCCAUUUUUUGUGAACAUUUUGAUGUUCUGGGUAACUGAUAAUUUCCUAAUGUACAAAGAUCAUAAAUUAUCCAGGAGGACAAGUUUAGAAAGCUUUCUACAACGAAGCAGAUUGAAAUAUCGAUCUAUGAAAAAUAAAUUCAGAAGAAAUUCUGAAAGUGAUAUAUUAUUAUCUGGCGACGAUGAACUUUUAAGCAAUGAACUCAAUCAUAAUAUGAAAAUUGUUAUAGCAUAGUUAUAUUUCAUAAUGCCAUAUUCUAUUCAUUUUAUUUGGUAUAUCUGUUCCUAUGAAGUUUUUUCAUAUAUUUUGGAAAUUUAUUAUAGCGAAUGAGUGGAGUUAUGGCAAUGUGUACCUAAAUAUUAUUUAUAUUUAUUUAUAUACAUUAGUGAAAAAGUUUAGAAAGAAUUGAAAAUGAUAUUUAAUAAGACGAUAAUGUCUUAUCUUGCAUAAAAUUUCAGGAUACUUCUCUAGUAUUUUGUUUACGAAGUAUUUCAUAUAUUUGACAUGGGACAAUAUCAAAGAGUUUAAGAAAAAAAUCUAAAAAGACCUAAAAUGUUUCCUGAAGAAAUAAUAAUAUAUAGCUUAAUUUCUCUCCAAUGAUUUUUUGGGGUUUUUCCAUUUAAAGUUAGAAUAUAUUUAAAAUAUACAGGGUGAGUCAUAUAUUUUAAUAGUGGAUUCUCGAAGUUGUUUUUUGCUGGUUACUGUAAUUUUAUAUGAACUUACUAAAUUUGUCAUGCCUGGUAUGAUAAAUUAUUGUAUACAUGCAAUAAUUAUUUUUAAAGAAAAGUUCUUUGUUUGGUGGCUGAAAAUUAUGUGAAGGAAAGAUUCACUCUGUGUAGAUUGCGUAAUUUUUCGGAAACUAUUGAAUACUUUGAUGUUAAAUUCGGAUAUAUUUAAAUUUUUCCUAUUUUAUUACAACUUCAGUUCAAAAAUGUACAAAACUGGAUUAUGGCCAAAUCAUUUUAUUUUACAUGGGGCCAAAUAUUGAAAGCUAGUGCAAAGAUUAGUUAUAGUGUUCUAGUCAAUAAUCUGUUAUUUACCUACUGCGUAACCAAUAUUGGAUAAACCAAUUUCAAUUCAUACGGUUAUUGAGAAUAGCGUUCUUCAUUAUAGAAAUAAAAUGAAUGAAUUAUUAGAUCACAUUGAACAGAAUUUGUUUGAUUGAAGAAAAUAUGAAAUUGUUAAUAACAAUUAGUCUGAGGAUGAAUCCAGUCUAUAUUUGUUAUAAUCUUGGUUUUGUUUAGAGUGGGUACGUCAGAAUCAACGAACCGGAAUAAUGAAAUUAUAUUAUAGUUGCAAUUGAAAUAAAACUAAUUUUUAUAUUUAAAGGUUUAUAUUCAACGAAAAAUAAUUCCAGACAUUUUCUGAAAGUGAUAUUUGAUUAUAUACAUAUUCUGUGAUUGUUUUUGUCCUGUUCGACAAAACAUUGUGUUAUAUUUUAAUUGCAUUUUGAAUUCUAAGAAUAAUAAACUUUAUUUUCUGUAAA